ACCAUUUCUUCUUUCUCCUCUCUCCCUUUCCCACCGAGGGGGCCUUGGCUGUAUUUCUCCUGAAGAAAGCAAGAUCAAGCUCUCUCUUUUUCCUUCUUCUUUCCAGCCAUGAGCCUCUUCGGUCUGGGAAGAAACCAGAGGACAUUCCGCCCGAAAAAGAGUGCACCCACAGGUAGCAAGGGUGCACAGCUUAGAAAGCAGAUUGAUGCCACUUUGGGCAGUGGAAAUCUUAAGGAAGCCGUAAGACUACCACCUGGGGAGGAUUUAAACGAGUGGCUUGCUGUCAACACUGUGGAUUUCUUCAACCAGGUGAACCUGCUCUAUGGUACCCUCACAGAAUUCUGUACCCCUGAGAACUGUCCUACAAUGACUGCAGGCCCCAAGUAUGAAUAUAGAUGGGCAGAUGGUGUGCAAAUCAAGAAACCUAUUGAGGUUUCUGCUCCAAAAUAUGUUGAAUAUUUAAUGGACUGGAUCGAAGCUCAACUUGAUGAUGAAUCCAUCUUUCCUCAGAGGCUUGGUGCACCAUUUCCUUCCAACUUCAAGGAGGUUGUGAAGACAAUAUUCAAAAAACUGUUCCGCGUAUAUGCUCACAUAUAUCACACUCACUUCCAGAAAAUUGUGAGCCUCAAGGAGGAAGCUCAUUUGAAUACAUGCUUCAAGCAUUUCAUACUAUUUACCUGUGAAUUUGGGUUGAUUGACAAGAAAGAGCUUGCUCCACUUCAAGAACUUAUAGAUUCGAUUGUUGUUCCCUACUAAACUUGGCUUUGGAGAUCCUGAAGAAAGGAUUUAUUUUAGGGAAUGUAAUAAAAUUAUACUGUUCUAAUAUGUUUUGGUAUAACUAUUUAAAUAUUGGUGUUUCUCUGUUAUAAAAUGUAAUCUUAUACAUCUAUAUGUGCUUCAUGGGCCAUUAAAAUGUGAAAAGCAAUGGUAUAUGAAAUUUGCUUUGCUUCAGAAUUGUUAGGGAUUCUUGUAAAAUUGUCUCAGCUAUAUAUGGACGUGCUGUCUGUUGCUGGUUUUAUGUUUUAAACAAGAAUAUCAUCCAAGCGGAAGCUUGGCCGACACAAUUGUAUCAUUCUUUAACUCAACUAGAACACAGGAUCAAAGCAAAUUUAUUAUACCAGUGCUUUUCACAUAGAAAUCACAACAGUUUUGGGAAAAACAAAUUCUAAAUGUGGGU